CUUGGAUUGUUGUUUUCUCUGUUUAAAAACAAUCUGGGAGGUUUGCAAGCGCCCCCCCCCCUCCUAUGGCAGCUUUUCAAUGUCGAACCAGGAAAGUGGUACUAGACCUUCCUUACUAAAUUAAAUGUAGAGACUGCUCCUCCAAGGAAAAGUUCAGUUCAUCUGUAGUGUUUGAUUUCCCAGCCACAGCAAUAUGGUGCCUCCAGGGAAAAAGCCAGCUGGGGAAACUUCCAAUUCCAAUAAAAAGUGUAAGCGCUAUUUCAAUGAGCACUGGAAGGAAGAAUUUACCUGGCUGGAGUUUGACUAUGAAAGGAAACUCAUGUUUUGCAUAGAAUGUCGCCAGGCACUGGUGAAGAAUAAACACGGCAAAGCGGAGAAUGCCUUUACUGUGGGCACGGAUAACUUCCAGCGUCAUGCCUUGCUGCGGCACGUCACCUCUGGAGCACACCGCCAGGCGCUGGCGGUUAACAGAGAGCAGCUGGCGUUUGAGGCUCGCGUCCAUAACCACCAAGAGCUGCGCCCCGUGAUCAAGGUGGAAGUGAACCCCGCCAAGAUAGCCAUCCUCACCACCGUGUACUGGAUGGCUAAGGAGGAGAUCCCAGACGAGAAGUGCUCCUCGCUGCUUGAGUUCCAGAAGUUCAAUCUCUGCCAGGCGUUGCUGACCUCGGAGCUCAGUGACUGUUACCACCCCCACAGCGUCAAAGAGAUGCAGGCAGCGAUCGUCAAAGUCCUUCACAACGAGGACAGGCACAAGAUGAAAGCCUCGCCAUUCGUUGGGCUGGUGGUGGACGAGACGGUCGACGUUCUGGAGCACAGGAACCUGGUCAUGUUUACAACCACCGUCUCCCCGUGCGACGGGCAGACCUCCAUCACAUUCCUGGGCAGCUUUGAGCUGCCAGCUGGGGAGGCCUACACUGUGGCGGACAAAGCGGUCGAAGUGAUGCACUCUUUUGGCGUUCCCACCAUGAAGAUCACGUGGCUCAGCUCUGACAGCUCUUCCCUGAUGGCCGAUAGGCUGAAUGGGGUGGGGACCAAGCUGAAGUCUGUCUGUCCUCUUCUCACUGAAAUGCACUGCGUGUCCCACAGGAACUCCCUGCUGCCAGCUGAGAGUGUUGUUAAUAUUGAAUAUGUCCGGAAAUAUGAGACCACGGUGGAUGCUGUCUACCGACUCUACUCCAACUUCAAAGGGGAGAGCAACAGCCUCCAGGAGCUGCAGAGUGUUCUGGAUCUAUGUGAGAUAGACUUGGAGGGCCCCAAGACCAUCCAUUGGACUUCCAUCUUCCCAGCUGUGGAGGCAAUUGACUCCUCAUGGCCUACAUUGGUGCUUCUGCUGGAGAGUGAGUCGGAGAGGUCCCCUGUGGCAUUUGGCCUCUGCGAAGAGCUCAAGAAGUUCCAAUUUGUGGCUUUCACAAAGAUCCUCCUGGAUGUCCUCCCCAUCUUCCAGAAGCUGAGUCGGUUCUUCCAGAUUGAGGAUUUCGAUCUCUCCAUCCUGAAACCCAUUGUCUCUGCCACCGCCACCACCCUGCAGGCCCAGAAGACCACGAGCGGCCAGAACUUCCAGGAGUUCCUCAACGAGAUGAAUGAGCAUCCCCGAGAGGACCGGGAAGACGAGAGCCGUUUCUACUACAAAGGGGUGGAGCUCGCCAGCUGCUCCAAAGUGCACCUGAAGAACUUUGAGCACUUGAAGGAGACCUACCUCGAGAGUGUGCGGGGCAACUUGCUGGAUAGGUUCCCUAGCCACAUGCUUGAGGCUGUCAACUCCUUCUCCACCAUCUUUAACCCCAAGUGCUACCCCCAGUCUUUGGAUGAUAUCGGCAGCUAUGGCAUCACCGAACUCAACUUCCUCUUGCAGGCUUAUUCCCGGGUGGUGGUGAGUGAAAGGGCGCUGAACGAUUUCCCCCUUUUCAAACGGAUAGUGUUCAGUCUCGGCCAGUUAUCCUUCAAGGAUCUGUGUGUCAAGCUGGUUUACAGCCAUUCCGAAAUGCACGAGCUCUUCCCGGACUUUGCUGUCCUGGCUGCCAUUGCUCUGGCCUUGCCUCUUGGCUCGGUGCUCUAUGAGAAGAUCAACCGGGGCCGGGAACUCAUGAAACGCAGCCAGUGGCGCUACGCGAAGGACUCCGGCCUGUCCAACUUCAUGAAGAUCGCCAUAGACGGGCCCACCAUUAACGAGUUUGACUUUGCGUUAGCCAUUGAGUAUUACGAAAGUCUGAGAGAAUCCGAUUUCAUCAUGGCACAGGUUCAAUAAGAUGAAAACCAAGCCACCUUUUGGGGUGAUCAACUGUGAAAAUAUGAAAUAUUUUUUACUCCAAGAUAACGUUACCCUGCUGAUAGGGUGUGAGGCCUUACAUUUAAGCAAGAAUAUCUAAGGGUUGAGUUUUGUUUUGUUCUCAUUAUUAUGAUUUUCCCUUUGCUCUAUCACUCUCAUCUCUUUCAUCAGUUUUGAUCAGCCAGCCCCACGAACACGCUCCAGAAUCUAGGGCUAAAUGUGAAAUGUUGCUGGAGCGCUCUGUUCAGCGGUCGGAGUUUUCGAGCAAGUCCUAUUGUGAAGCAGGACAAGGGAGAUUUUUCUUAAAUUCAUUUCGGUCCUGCUAUCUCAAAAAAAAUUUGAUAGAAUUGGCUGAAAUGUUUAAUAUCCAUUUUUCCUGCUGGUUUUAGCUACACUAUUAAAUUUCAAAUUGUGUUUAGAUUCACUUUAUCUUUCCUUCAAAAAAAAAAAAAUCUCAUAUCUUGAGCUCAAACAUAACGUUGCUUACACACACCAUUCCUGGCAGCUUUCUCUUGAUGUUCUGUUCUGCAAAAACAUAUCCAGUUUUUUCUCUUUGGAACCUAGAGAAUGAACACUGAAGAGACGGCAUAUCUUUCUAGCUCUGUCACACAACUCCUCGUGCCUAGCAGUGUCUUGUUAAAAUUCCUUGCACAUAGCACAAAAUAUUGUUAAUGUUGGAAUCAACUCAUGAUCCUUCCACAUUCAAGUAAUUUGGAGAGCGAUAUUGUAAUCACCAAGGAAAUAGUAACUUUUAAAUGCAUCCUAGUGUAUAUAUGUUUGUGUAUAUAUAUAAAUUUAUAUAAAUAUAGAUAUAUAUUAAAUAAAUAUAUCUUAACUUUCCUAGUGUUAAAAUACAAAGAUAUCUAAAAGGACGUUUUGUUUUGUUUUGUUUUUUGUUUUGUUUUUGCAAUGACAGAAUAAAUUAUAUACAGGGGUCCAACAAAGUAAUAAACAGUGAAUUCCUGGUCUUUUCAGAACAGCACAUUGCCCCUAACCUUUCUGUUGCAGUCUAAGCCUUCUGCAAUCUUACAACCAAAGAAAAUGGCCUGUAACAUCUACCUUACAGAGAAACUUGAGUUUUGUUUAUUGAUUUUUUUUUUUUUUUUUAACAUUCCCUUACCUUGGAGUGAGUGAUCCCGGGACAGUGGAGGGUAAGACGGCUCCUCUAUCUGUAGGGGGUCAGUACACAGCCGUUUAACCUUUGUCACCUUGUCCAGAUAGAGUCUGCAUUGCAUGGCAUGUGUCCUCUUUGUUAAUAACACAGGCUUAUGUUUGUUUUUACCUUAUCUUACUUGUGGUGUUUUUCUUAGUUUGGGGGAGGGAAGGGG